GCAAGAUGCCGUAGUCGGGGAAUCCGGAAGCGUGUCGGCCGUCUGUCACCCAAACAAACGACAUGUAAGCAAUGUUUUUUGACUGUAAAGACAUGAACCGUAGUUAUUGUCGUCGCUGCGGGUCACCGGGACAUUCGGACAAGGACUGCUGCUCGAUCUUUAGACGGUUGAAGUGACGACAUCCAGACGAGUUGGCGAAUCGUGAGGGGCGAAGUCGGCGGGGAGGCUGUGGAAGUUGGCGAACUUUACGGCUGCAGUGCCACAUCGUCAGGAACAGGAAGCUGGGCCGCACUCAUGGAUUUCUUUCAUCGGUACGUUGACGUGUACCGACAUGUUGACGUUUUUCCUCCCCGAAUUCGCUUCAUCGUGACUCGUUCAUAUUUGAAUGACCAUGUCUGGCAAAUCCUGGGGUUGAUUUGGAACCAUGACAUCAAGAGGCGUGGUCCUCCAUUUGCAGACCCGUGCACGCCAGGAGAAGGUGACGGGAGGAGAGUGACCGCCCGAGGAGACUUCACCUGCGUUUGGAUAAAGUGUGUUUCAAGCCGGCCAUGGCUCGGGGGGAAGACGAAGCGGAGCUGACGGUCACUGGACCCAAGGAGGUGGACGUGUUCACGUCGGUGCGUUGCCUGGGUUACCUGUCCAGCAUCAACCUCCUGGUGGCGGUGUGCGUGGGCAUGUACGUGCGCUGGGAGGUGACGGGCGAACCGAUGAUUCUGGUCAUCUUCAUCCUGGGUCUCUUUGUGCUGGGCAUCGCCAGCAUUCUGCAUUACUACUUUGCCAUGGAGAAAGCCAGCCUCAGCCUUUUCCACCUGUGGUUCGGCUUUCUGCUCGGCCUGCUGUGCUUCCUCAACAGCGCCGCCCUGGAUUCGGACGUCAAGGAAAUGGUCGCCAACUAUCUCCUCCUUGCCAGUGUAAUCAUGAAAACGGUGUGGGCCAUAACCGAGCGAAUAUGCAGCUCCGUCCAUCACAAAGCCACUUUGUUGACAUCGGCUGAGCUGCUGGAGCUCCUGGGAUUUGCCAUCGCCAGCACCACCAUGCUUCUGCACAAAUCGGCGGCCAUAAUAGGCUUGGUGGUGGCCCUGGGGGCUCUCAUUGUGGACCUGAGGAUGAUGUCCCUCCUGGCCUUGCCCAACCUGGUCUGUUUUGCCCUGGUUACGUCUCUUGUGUUUUUCCAGGCCAUCGGCAUCACAGCCAACCCGUUCGCCCUAGGCUGCUACCUGGGCAGGCUCCUGUGUGAGCCCGUGCUGGACGUGUACUUCAGCACGCAGGGGCCCAGCGACCGCUGGAUGCCAGUGCUCUCUCUGGGGAAGGUUUGGAGGAGGCUGUCCCUGCUCCCUCUGAGUGCGAUUGAGCUGGCCUUCUUUGUCCUGGCUGCCUUAAAGCUUGGCCACUUGGAGCUGUGGUACCUGGUGAUCCCAGGCUUUUGCCUCUUCGGCGUUUUCUGGUCCAUCUGCCACAUAAUUCUGCUGAUCACAAUUUGGGGGUUUCACACCAAGCUGAGCGAGUGUCAGAAGGCGUGGCAGGCCCAGCGGUCAAGCAGCCGCAGUCUGGACCAAGUCAUGGCCUCCAGGGGCAUCCGACACUUCUGCCUCAUUUCAGAGCGACUGGUGUUCUUUUGUCUGCUGUCGACGGUGAUACUGGGGGCUGUGUCCUGGCAGCCCUCCAACGGUCUCUUUCUCAGCACUCUGCUAGUGGUGUUGCCUUUGGAGUCUCUGGCCCACGGCUUGUUUCACGACCUAGGCAGCUGCCUGGGGGGAACCUGUCUCGGCUACGCCCUGGUCAUACCAACUGCUUACUGCAGCGCUGAUGGCCAGCCCACUCUCUUACCACCUGAGCAGGUACAGGAGUUGAACCAGCGCUCUACGGGAAUGCUGAAUAGCGUGCAGCGCCUCUUCUCCCACCACAUGAUCCAGACGUUCGGCUGCGACUACUCCACCAGCGGCGUCACCCUGGAAGCCUUGCACACUAAGCUGCGCGACUUUCUGGAGCGUCGUACCGUGGACGGCCCCCGUCAUGACACCUAUCUGGUUUUCUACAGUGGGCACACAUACAAGGGCACUGGAGCAUGGGCUUUGGCAGGAGGUGAGAGUCUCCACCUGGCCCAGCUGCUGGAGUUGUGGAAGGAGAAGAACGCCGGCCACUACUCCCGGCUCAUCCUCGUCCUGGACACCGAAAACUCGCUCCCCUGGGUCAAGGAGGUGCGCAGGGUUGACGGGAUGUACGUCGCCGUGCAGGGCGCCGAGCUGUCGGCCGUCAGGGUCGACCCAGAGGCCGGAGACACCCCCUUGCUCGGGGACUUCACCUCAGAGUGGGUGGAGUUCAACUGCAACCCGGACUGCGACACCCAGUGGUCCGAAAAGGGGAGGACCGUGACUGCCGCCUACGGCGUGUCCAAGCGCUGGAGCGACUACACACUUCACCUGCCCACUGGCAGUGACGUCGCUAAGCAUUGGAAGACCCACUUUCCCAAGGCCACAUAUCCCAUGGUGCACCUGUCCAACUGGUGCUGUGGCCUCAACCUGUUCUGGUUAUGUAGCGUGUGUCUGCGCUGCUUCAGGAGGUGUAAACUAGCUUGGUUCCCGCCCUCGGUCCUCGACACUGGACAUGGCAUUAAGCUGGUGCAUUCAUAGGUAACAUGGGAAGUUGGCAAUGUUCAAUUGGACUCUGACAGUUUUGUUUUAACAGUUGGGAGUGUGUUGGGUACAAUGGUGUUUACAUAAAGGAAAAAGAAUCGGUGUGUAUACUCACGAGAUAUUACCCAAAGUGUUGACAUGUAUAAAAUUUUGGUGGUCAUGUCAAAGAGAUUGCAAAUGUAUUUUUUGCAUCAUAUUUACAUGAUGUGAUGCACCAAUUUGAUAUUAUAUUGAAACCCCCAAAGGAGGAAGAGGGAAGCCAAAUAGAAUAAAUUCUUGCAUGCUGCAUAUGGUGAGCUCAGAGAAUACCAGUUAUAGUUGGCAAAAUCAUACUGUUCACCAUUAUUAUGGUUUUGUCAUAUAUUAUAGAUUUAUUAUAUUUAAGGACAGUGUGUUAUAGUUUUUUGAGUACUAUUUGCUAAUAAUUUGUUUGGAAAUCUCAUUCUUUUUGUUACUUGGUGCCCUUAUUUUCAAUAAUAUUGUGCCUUCUAAGGGCCUUAAAGUUGCCUAAUUUUUUUAAUACUGAAUCUUUGUAUAUACAUCCUUGCCUUGCCUCUUAUGUAAAUUCAGAGGAUUUAGUCGACAGUCUUAACUUGAACUCUGUGAGGCGGGAGGAGCUCCUCGUGUCUUCCUAGAGCCUUUCUCCAUGAUGGACAAAAUGCCUGUCGUGAGGCUGAACUCGGCGACACCGCUGGAUACAGGAAAGUCUGAGCACGAGGCCGACCUGCCACUCUUCCCCUUUUCACAUUCCAGCUGUAAGACCCCCAUGUAUUUCAGCAAACAUUGAGCAAACACGCGUGCAUGAUAAUAUAUCAUGACCAAGACAAUUGCCCUCUAUUGUGCAUCAUCUUGUUUAUUUACCCAAAUUCGUUAAUCUUGAAAAAGUCAUUUGCUCUUUUCAAACACUGUACACUUUCCCAUGCUGUGAAACAGCGACUUGUCUUGCACAGCAACAAAUCAAGAGUUUCUAAAUGCUCUAUAUUGGUGCACUGACCUCAAGAACUCAAAUUGAUGCAAACCUUUAUUUCCUUUUCUUGUUUGUUUCAUCUUUCUCCCUCAAAGUCUGGAGUGGAUUGCUGCCUUAAAACACUGAUGUUUUUCAAAGAGGUCAAGUGGUUUCCAUAUGUAAGUUCCCGUGUACCUCACCUGAGGUGUGUCUUCAUUUUUCAGAAUUAAACUGGGAUAGAAAA